GGAAGGAGGAGCCGCUGCUGCGGUACGACUGUUUGUAUUCCCCGCUGCUGUUGCUCGCCCUCCCCCACUCUCUGCUACCGCACUCCGGCUCACUCACCUCCACCGGGACGGUCAACUUCACUAAACCCAGAAAAUGUACCGGUACUUCGGAGAGAUACUCACCCGGGGAGCGGGCUCCGUCCUCGGCUCCGGCUGCUCCGCCGCCGCCGCUGACUCCGCUCUGCCGGCGGCCGCGUCCCUGCUGCGCUACCGCGGCUACAGUCAGGCCGUGGACCGGGACGACGACCCGAACUUCUUCACCAUGGUGGAGGGAUUCUUCGACCGGGGAGCCGCUAUCGUGGAGGACAAGCUGGUGGAGGGCCUGAAGACCCGGGAGAGUCCCGAGCAGAAGACGAAGCGGGUCCGCGGGAUCCUGAAGAUCAUUAAACCGUGUAACCACGUCCUCAGCGUCAGCUUCCCCAUCAAGAAGGACAGCGGGGAGUGGGAGGUGAUCGAGGGCUACCGGGCUCAGCACAGCCAGCACCGGACCCCCUGCAAGGGAGGUAUCCGUUACAGUAUGGACGUGUCUGUGGACGAGGUGAAAGCUCUGGCCUCCCUGAUGACCUACAAGUGUGCCGUUGUCGAUGUGCCGUUUGGUGGAGCCAAAGCCGGAGUGAAGAUCAACCCGAGGAAAUACUCUGACAACGAGCUGGAGAAAAUCACCAGGAGAUUCACCAUCGAGCUCGCCAAGAAAGGCUUCAUCGGGCCUGGUAUCGACGUUCCUGCUCCGGACAUGAGCACCGGGGAGCGGGAGAUGUCCUGGAUCGCCGACACCUUUGCCACCACCAUGGGACACUAUACUGACCCCCACAUCCUACUAAUUCAGGGACCAGUGACUAAGGACAUCAACGCUCACGCCUGCGUCACCGGGAAGCCCAUCAGCCAGGGAGGAAUCCACGGCAGGAUCUCCGCCACCGGCCGGGGGGUCUUCCACGGCAUCGAGAACUUCAUCAACGAGGCGGCCUACAUGAGCCAGCUGGGGAUGUGUCCCGGCUUCCAGGACAAGACCUUCGUCAUCCAGGGUUUCGGUAACGUGGGUCUCCACUCAAUGCGUUACCUUCAUCGUUUUGGGGCGAAGUGCGUCGGAGUCGGAGAAAUGGACGGAAGCAUCUGGAACCCCAACGGCAUCGACCCCAAAGAGCUGGAGGACUACAAACUGGCCAACGGGACCAUCGUGGGCUUCCCGAACUCGACGCCGUACGAGGGAAGCAUCCUGGAGGCCGACUGCGACAUCCUGAUCCCCGCCGCCAGCGAGAAACAGCUGACGAAGAGCAACGCACACAAGAUCAAAGCCAAGAUCAUUGCCGAGGGAGCCAACGGUCCGACCACGCCCGAAGCCGACCGUAUCUUCCUGGAGAGGAACAUCAUGGUGAUCCCGGACAUGUACCUGAACGCCGGCGGUGUGACCGUUUCCUACUUUGAGUGGUUGAAGAAUCUGAAUCACGUCAGUUACGGUCGACUCACCUUCAAAUACGAGAGAGACUCCAACUAUCAUCUGCUCAUGUCAGUCCAGGAGAGUUUAGAGAGGAAGUUUGGGAAACAUGGAGGCGCAAUCCCCAUCGUCCCCACCUCAGAGUUCCAGGCCAGAGUCGCUGGAGCGUCUGAGAAGGACAUUGUUCACUCUGGUCUGGCCUACACCAUGGAGCGCUCUGCCAGGCAAAUCAUGCGAACAGCCAACAAGUACAACCUGGGUCUGGACCUGCGGACGGCGGCGUACGUCAACGCCAUCGAGAAGGUCUUCCAGGUUUACAACGAGGCCGGCCUCAUCUUCACAUAGAGCUGUCUGUCUGUUACCUGUCUGUCUGUUACCUGUCUACCUGUCAGCGUUUACAGUCUAUUGCACAGCAGCAGAACGACUGAAGAGUCUCAUUCCUUCGUCUGUUUACGUUCUUCUUCCUCUCACGGGAAAAAACCAAAAUAAACCACAGAAACUUCUGAGCUUUAACGCAGCUGCUGUGCUGCCUCACACACACACACACACACACACACACACACACACACACACACUAAUAAGCCUUAAUGCUGCAGAGAAACGUGUCACCAUUCGCCUUCAACGCACCAUGUGGUCAGAAGUAUGUGGACGCCCUCGCGCACAGACUUCACUGUCCCUUUGUUUUAUUAGUGGAUCAAUCGAUUAGCUUCUCAAAUAUUUCCAGACUUUCUUCAUAUUUAACGAUCGUAAACUGAAUCUCCGUCAUUUUCACUUAUAAUUCCAGUGGAUUUAAAAUAAUAAUCUGAGAAGCUGCUAACUUUUAAAAACAGUUGACCCUCUCUAAGCCCCGCCCCCUGUUGCUCUGUGCUCCAAUCACAGUUGAGCUAGCCUCGGUGAACUUCCUCCUUUCCUGUACUUAUAUGCUACAUGCUAGGCUAAUCUAUGUUGGAAAGGCAACCACAUUAUGAAGAUGGUUAAAAGAUAAGAACUAUAAAUAUAAAUAUAGUCGCAUCUUAAUGUUUGCAAAACAUUAGCUAACUAGUUAAUGUACAUGAAUCAUUAGCUAGUCAGUUAAAGUCUGAUUAGCUUAGCAUGUAGCAUAUCCAAGUACAGGAAAUGAGGAAGUUGACAGAGGCUAGCUCAACUGUGAUUGGAGCACAGAGCAAAAGGGGGCGGGGCUUAUGGAGGGUCAGUUAGUUGAUAAUAAGUGCCUUUUAGUUUUGUGUUAGCGUGUACUUGGGCGUCCACAUAGCGUCCGCUGUCUGUACAGAUGUUUUUAUAUGCAGUGCACACGUGCCUCAGGACUUUAAUACUUACUGCUUUUGGAGCUUAGUGUAACUUUAUUAAAGGACCUUUCUGCUGUUUUUGUGUCCAGAUCCUCCAUCAGAGGCAAAAGUGACGGAAAUUAAACAAAAAACGACGAAAAAUAACAAAUCUCAGAAAGCGAGGCAGCAGCAAAACGUAGCCUAUUUUUAAAAGAAAAGCUAUAUUUUGAAUAUGUUCACCGCUUUACCUCGCCGUCAGACUGCUAUGUCUGAAGCUGUUAUAAAAGCCACCAGACUCCUUUAACAAAAACAGCAAUUUAACCUCGCCGAACACAUCUGGGUUUCUGGUCUUCAGUCGCCUCGAUCCACAACAACUGACGUCAGUUCGGAUCCGAAUUAACGUUUUAAAUCACCAAAGUCACAAUAACACAAACCAACUAACUGCUGCAGGCGGCCGUAGAACCAGAAACUCGUGUGUUCUGUGUGCUUAAAUCGCUGUUUUUAUCAGUGGAGUCUGGUGACUGUAAGACGAUCUCUCUCUCUUCCUGUCCUUCACGCGUCAUCAGAAUCAUGUUUUAUCCGACACGUGACAAAAACAUCCGGAAUGAUCCUUUAACUGUUAGCUUUUUCUGCUAGCGACAGUUUUUCCCUCUCAGGUGUCGACGCGGUCGCCGCUGAAGCUAACGCUAAUCACUGCAUAUUAUUGCAGCUCUGCUAACUAUGCAAUCACAGUGCUGAGUUUACACACCGCUCACUGAACGUCCCCCGGGGGCCACAAACCGGUCAACAGACGCACAAAUCAAAGCUUUAAUCUUUAGCUUUAGCUCACAGUGACGUCAGGAAGUUGGGGGAUACGAGCUGUAUGUGGGGGGGGGGCUCAAACUGCUUUCUGUUCAGUUUUUACGUCUUUUUGUUAAAACCAAAUGUUACAGCGAAAUAAAGUAUAAAAAAGUUA